AUGGCCAUCGACACAACCCCCGUGGAUCUCACCGCCCCUCUGAAGAAGAAGCCCCUUCAACCUAUCAAUUUGGGUAUCGGGGCUGCGCUGACCAUCUUCGAAGUCUCUACUCUGGGACAACCCUUCGAAGUAAUCAAGACACAUAUGGCUGCUAACCGCGGUGACUCCAUGGCGGCAGCAAUUGCGAAAACAUGGAAACGUGGAGGAGGUCCGUUGGGCUUCUACCAAGGGCUCAUCCCCUGGGCGUGGAUUGAAGGCGCGACAAAAGGAGCCGCUUUGAUGUUCUCUGCUUCCGAGGUCGAGUACCUGUGCAGGAAGGGUGGAAUGGGCCCCGCUUGGGCUGGUGUUCUUGGUGGUAUGGCUGGUGGAAUCACGCAGGCGUACACCACCAUGGGCUUCUGCACCUUCAUGAAAACCGUCGAAGUCACGCGUCACAAGGCCGUCGGCGCCGGUGGGGCUGCCGCCAAAACCACCAUCCAAGUAGCACGCGAAAUCUUUGCAAAGGAAGGCAUCCGCGGAAUCAACAAGGGAGUGAACGCCGUCGCCGUCCGUCAAUGCACCAACUGGGGAUCCCGAUUCGGUCUUUCCCGCGUGGCCGAAAACGGCAUCCGCAAAGCCACGGGCAACGAAGACAUGCCGUUGUCGUCGUACCAGCGGAUCCUUGCCUCGGCUAUUGGUGGUGGGUUGAGCUGUUGGAACCAGCCCAUUGAGGUUAUUCGGGUGGAGAUGCAGAGUCAGGUCAAGGCUGCUGGAAGGCCGGAAAAGAUGACGAUUGCGUCCGCUGCCAAGUAUAUCUUUGCGAACAAUGGUUUCAAGGGAUUCUACAGGGGUGUUGUCCCACGUAUCGGCCUCGGUGUCUGGCAAACCGUUUGCAUGGUUUUCGGCGGAGACUCAGUCAAAGCCUACUUUGCUGCCAAGAAGUAG